CUCAAGAAACUGCCAAGACCUGCCAAAUGCGAACGGGAUGUGGCGUUCGGCCAUGGUCCGUGCACUGCCCCGCGCUGCUGCACCUCUCUCCGCACCGCGGCAGGCGACCCGACAUGAUGCCCAUGAGCCCUGUCCCAACCUAAAUCGAACCUCUGCAGACUCGAGGGACGACAGCAACGCUGGGCAUAUGUAACUCGGCCGUAUUGAACGGGAUAACUUAAAAAGACUUUCGAAGCUGGACGAUUACCCAAUCUCCAAGCGUCGGCAACAGGCUCCGUCGUGAUGGACAUUGCCUACGAUCAUAUUCAAGAAUCAAAUUACCCGGAGGAGCAUGGCGACUCCUCGUCGUCCGGGGAGAAGAAGCCAGCCCCGCAGGCAAGCCUGAAUGAGGAUUUGCAAGAUGCGUACCGGGCCUUUUCCUCUAGCCCCUGGGGUGCCCGGAUCGGGGGCUUCUUCGGCACUGUGGUGAAGCAGGGUGGAUCUGUCUACCGCGAGGCCCAGCAGGAGCUCUCGGCCGUGGGUCAGGAUGCCACGCGCGGCUUCACCGACCUGCGCGAGUCCAUCAUCCAGCGCACACGAAGCCUGUCUCUGAACACGUCCGCCCCGCCAGCACCAUCCUCGGACCAGGCGGCCAGAGAAGCCGGCGACAAUGCCGAGACGACACCCACAGCAGCCAAGGACAUGUCCUCGGAGGCCGCGCUCCAAGAGUCCGAGACGGUGCUCUCCCGGCUGCGGGGCGAGGCGGCGAAGCGCCUGAAGGACCUCCAACAAGCCGAGGACGCGGCGGACGAGGCCCUCCUCCGGUUCGGGUCCAACCUGCGCGACUUCUUCCGCGACGCCAUCACCAUCGCCCCUCCGAGCGACGAUCAGGCGGACAGCCGGGCCAACACGGGGGUGCUUUUUGAGAGCAAGGAUGCCCACGGGAAGAGGGUGAUCCACACGUCGCGGUUCGACGCGCAGUUGCACGUCAUCCACACGUCGCCGGAGAGCUUCAGCAAGGACGGGACUGGGGCCGAGUUCGAGACUUGGGCGAAGGAGUUCGACGUCGAUAAGAAGACGGCGGAUAUCAGCAGCGACUUGGACAAGUACCCCCGAGCUGAGGACAACCAUGGAGAAGCUCGUGCCCGACCAGGUUGCCUACGCGGAUUUCUGGAAGCGGUACUACUUCCUCAGGCACGGCAUUGAGACCGCUGAGGCGCGGAGGAAAGACCUUCUCAAGGCUGCUGCAGCUGAGGAGGAGGUUGGUUGGGAUGAGGACUCGGAUGAGGAGGAGGGUAAAGAGCAGGUCAAGGAGGAGGUCAAGAAAGAAGUUAAGGAGGAGGCUAAGGGAA